AUCUAAAUGAUACUCAUUUUAAAACAACUAAACAAUUACUUGAGGAUCAACGAUUAGCAUUAGAAAAAUUUAGUGAAGCAUUUAUAACUUUUGAUAAAAAUAAAUCUAAAGAUAUUAAAGAUUUAAUUAAAUUAGAAAAAAAUGAUAAAUCUAAUGAUAUUAAAAAUAUUUUAGAAUUAUUAUCAAAAGCUCAAGAAGGUACAACAGCAACAAAUCGAGCACUCAUUGAAUCAAGUAUAAAAUUAUUAGAAUCAAAACCAAAUAAUGAUUCAAAAAAAUUGAAUGUUAAAAUUGAUAAAAAUCAAUUUAAACAAAUAAUAGAUGCGAUUAAAAAAUCAAAUAUAAAAGAACGUGAUCCUAGAUUAUAUCAAAAUAUCCUUGAUAUAUUGGCACAAGAUGAUGAUGUUUUUGUUGGUAUUGAACUUCCAAAAUUAUAUACGUGGGAUUUUAAAACAGGACAAUACAAAAUGAUUUUAAACAAAAAUGGACAAGUUACAAAAAAUUAUAAGGGUGGGAUAUAUGUACAUUAUGGAAAUACAUAUGAAAGUGUACAUAAACCAAAAGUAGCAAAUGUAAAAACCCCAAGGAAUUUACCUGUAACUCCACCUCGAAGUCCAAAAAGAAGAAGUCGUUCAUCAAAAAAAAUAGUUGCAAAAUUUGUAAAUUAA